AGCAACCUGGGAGGGGAACGAACGAACGUAGGGUUUUUGAGCUUCGAUGGAGUCGAGAUCGGGGCGUCGUCGCCUCCGUUCCUCCUCCCCGACUGAGGACCGCAUCAGCACCCUCCCAGACGACCUGCUCCUCCUCAUCCUCGCCCGCCUCCGAUCCAUCGCCGCAGCCGUGCGCACCAGCGUCCUCUCACGCCGCUGGAGCGGCAGCGGCGGCCUCUGGACCCGCCUCCACGAGAUCGUCUUCCGCGACAUUACCUUCCCCUCGCUCGAAGCGGCGCUCGGUCGCGUCGUCGACCCUCCCGCGGUUUCCCUCCUGGAAAUCCGCGUCCCCGAUGUGCACCGGCCGGGCACCGAAACCAACGUCGGCGGCCUCGGUUUCAACUCGCUGCUGCGCGCUGCCGCGCAGCUCGCACCGGAGGAGUUCGUCUUCCGCUUCCCGUGGGACUUAACCGAUCGUUCCCUCGUCGUCGACAUGCCUUGCUUCCCCCGCACCACCUCCAUCGUCCUGGUCAACUUUUUCCUCUUCCUCCGUGUCCCCGACGGCGUCGACUUCCUGGCGCUCGAGACGCUGUCUCUGUCGGGCAGGCUGCCAGAUCUCGACCCCUGGCUAUCCUGCUGCCCACGCUUGCACGCGCUCCGGCUGCGCAGAGUUUUCAGUGAGGGCGAGCUGAGGGUCAUCUCGGCGUCGCUGCACGAGCUCUCCAUCUUCCGCCUGUACCAACGGAUGCACGGCAUCAACAUCGUCGCCCCCAUGCUCAAGCAAUUGACCAUGUCCUUUUUCUCCUCUGGUGCCAGCAUCUCCGUCUUGGCACCAAUGGUGGAGAAGGUCUCAUGGGACUGCAGGUACUCCAAGCCGUCUAUUGUGUUUGGUCUUUGGCGGCUAGAGCAGGUGACACUACAGAUGGGAGAGACACAAGGACAUGUCCCUACACUGCAGAUUUGUGCCCACGCCACCUCGAGUAUUUUAGGGACCGAAGAGCACACCUUUGCAGAGGAGAUAGAGAAGCACAUGAUUGCCGGGUUUUCUGUUUUGGAACUACAUCUCACAACAAAUGGACAUGCUUUUGGAGCACUCGUGUUUCAUCUCCUUAAGAUGGUUCGAAUUUGUGGUUCCAUACGCAGGCUUAAGGUCGUCCUAGAGAGAUCAACGGUGAAAGAAGAAUGCCCAUUUGAUUGUUUUUGUGAGCCUUGGAACUGGAGAUCUAAAACUAUCUCCUUGUCUGCUCUUGAGGAAGUGGAGAUCAACGGGUUUCAGGGAUAUGGUCAGGAGAUUGAUUUCUUGAAACUGAUAUCCCAAUGUGCGCCGAUGCUUAAAAAGACGACAAUGAUGUUGUCAGAGGAGACCUCACCAAGUAACGAUGAAUCCGCAAAGAUAUAGAACAUCUUUAAGGCGUAUUCUUCUAUGCAGUGCAAUGUUUACCAUAAUUCUGGUGAGUAUAUGUUUGGCAUGCAUUAUUAGCAUGAGCACUGCUGCAUA